UACAUAUCUCCACUGUAUGUUUACAUAUAAAUACAUGUGCUUCGGUUUCUUUCUUCAACGAUCAAUCGCUCAGAAAACACUUUGCUGCAAGAUCAUUUCCGUCGCCUGACAAAUCUUUUCAUCACCGUCAAGAAGAUAAAGAGAUAUCGAGAAAUUAAAGCUGCCUUUGCUGGUUUCUAUCCUUUCUCUUCUUCUUCAAGAGCCUUAUCGGAUACCAAGUCGGCCAAAGCCCUCGUAAUUCGCACUCCAGUUCUUGUUUUCAAGGGCUUUUUAAGAGUGCUUCCUUGAUCAACCAGAAAAAGAAGCGCCAUCUUCUUCAUUUUCUUCUUGGGAAGCAUAGAAUGCAGGAGCAGGGAAGUCCAAGCAAGCCCAAGUCGCCGCUUCGACGUUUUUGUGAGAAAAUUUUCCCUAAUGGCGCCAAAGCCGAUCGGGAACAAACUUCGGGGACACCCUCCGUGUCUCCAAAGCGAAGCGAUUGUUCUUCGCCGGCGAGAAGGUCCGGCGACCUGGAGCGUGUGUUUGGCUUCUUCGACAGUGACGGAGACGGGAGAAUAUCGCCGGCAGAGCUCAGGAGCUGCAUGCGGACGAUGGGGGAAGACUGGACGGAGGAGGAGGCGACGACCGCGCUUGGGUUCAUCGACGCCGACGGCGAUGGCUACGUGGGAUUCGAUGACUUCGUGAGGCUGAUGGCGGACGGGAGGGGGGAAGAGGCGGGAGGGUCGGGUGGGGAGUCAAGGCAGAGGGAGGACAUAAGGGCGGCGUUCUCCAUGUAUGCCGUCGAGGGCAGGGAGUGCAUAACGCCCAGGAGCUUGAGGAGGAUGCUCAAGCGGCUGGGAGAUUCCAGAAGCGUGGCGGAGUGCAGGGCAAUGAUCAGGCGGUUCGACAUCAAUGGCGAUGGCGUCCUUAGCUUGGAGGAAUUCAACCACAUGAUGAUGGCCUGAAACUGCUACCCAUCUUCGGCGCGCCCAUUAGCUCUGUCGUAGUGCUGUACAGGAAAACCACUUCUGGCUUGUGAUUGGUCACCGCCAUUAGAGGUGCAAUGACGAUGACCAAUUGACCAUGGUGAGACUUUUCAAAAAGGGGACCUGCGCAGCAGAUUGUGAGGGUCACCGUUCAUUCUUUCUCUCAUCAUCUCUUCACUCUUGGAAAAGGUGGGAAGAGAACGAUGGGGCUAAAUGUUUUGACUGGUGAAUGAAAGCGACGACGGCAGUUGCUUCCAAAUGUGAUAUUUUUUAGCUUCUGAAGGAUAAACUCUUGUGAAUGGCAUUGGUUUUUUUCAUUUUUCUCUUCAAUAUAUGUUAAUAAAAACAAAGACAGCAAUGUGUGGCCUGGCCGUCACAAUUCUUUUUUA